AUGUUUCAGCCGAUAAAUCAUAUUGACUACAAUUAUGAAUCAAUGAAUAAUUCUGAAAUGGCAAAUGUAAUGGUGCAAAUACAAUUGAUAAAUUAUAUUAACCAAGGAUUUCAACUUCCAAAAGGACAGACUUGUGUUUGUCCAAGUGAAUUUUCGUGCAGUUAUCUCGGUACCGCUGUUCCGCGUGAAUUGGUGAAGUACUUCUCAACUGAAUUUAUACCGUUAACUUCUUCCGGAAAUAUUGAUAUCGAUAGUAUGUCACCAAAGCAAAAGCAAGCUUGGCAACAGCCCCAUAUAUUUUACCUCACUUCAAAACCGUCAGCUAUCGAUGUAUUCGUUCAUCAUAUGGGUACCGUUAUCAAUGCUCAUACAGGUGAGCUGACACAAAUUCAAACUGUUGUUCAUGUUGAUACUUUCAUUUUACCGUUGAAUUCCGUGAUACCGUCAAUUGGAAAUGGUCAUUUAUUAAUGCAAUCGCAAAAUCUCAAUGGUGUCAUUCUCGAAACACAGUUAACAGUUGCAUACUCAAUACAAUGUAAGGGUACUUUAAUUGGACGAAAUUGUGAUUUGAUUUGUAAUGAAGCAGUCGCAAAUACGGCCUUAGCAGUGUGUCAAUCUAAUAUAACAAACUUCUUCUAUACAUGCACUUAUAUGGAAAAUGGACAGGUUCAAAAUUGCCUUCCAUGUCCAUGGGGAAUCACUCAAGAGUCGUUUUGUCAAAAUGCAAUUGGCGGCAUUCUUGCUCCUUCUGCUGCAGAUGUGGUAUCAUCCAAUUUUAAAGUUGCAACAAUAGUUCUCGGUAUUCUUGUUAGCAUUCUUCUCAUUCUCCUUAUGCUCGUGAUCAUUUUUUCUAUACUAAUAGGCAGACGAAUGAAAGAGAAUGUUCAUUCCUAUAAUUCCGGGCAUAAUUACAGGUCAACAUUAAGAACUGAAGGCAAUGCUAAUCGUCCGCUGUUGCAAUCAAUCAAUAACGAUUCACGUAAUCAAAUUAGACUGGCACCAAUUGCUGCACCACGUUCCAUUCCUCAACUCGACGCUCUACCAGCUAAGUCAUCGCUUCGAAAGGCGACACCAUUACCAUCGGCGCACCUUUGUGGAGUACCAUCCCUCAAUGAUACCUUGAAUAGUACCCUUUCAAGUGUGCCUUUGCCACCAAGUAAGGAAGCGGACGUGUGA